AACUGCAUGUUGAUCCGACAAGAACAUCUCCAUCUCAUCUCGGCUGUCCCCAUUGUUAGUUUGCUCGCAGUUUGGUACACCUGCCCGAGUUCUUCCUCUCCUACUUCCCGCAUCUACCCGGAACAGCCGCAGCGGCAGCGGCGGCACAGCUCGCGCACGAAGCCGCGAACCCACGCGCACGGCACGGCACGGCAUGGCCGCCGCGGCGCACAAGCCCCUGGGCGCGAUCACCGCCGCCGACCUCGCCGCCGUGGCGCCCGGGUCGGACGCCGCCGCGCUCCACACAGCGCUCCGGUGCGCGCUCGACUCCCACGGCAGCGCCGGCGCCGGCGCCGUGUGGGGGGAGCUCUGCCGGUUCGUGCUCCGCCCGGACGUCCCCUUCGCCAUCCACCGGAUGGUGUACUACGGCUGCUUCGCCGAGUUCCCCUCCCCCACGCCGCCCGCCUGGACCCCCGAUCCCGAGGCGGCUUCCCUGACCAAUGUCGGCCGCGUCCUGGAGGCACGGGGGAAGGAGCUAAUCGGCGAGGCGUACAAGGAUCCCAUCACCAGCUUCCCUGACCUCCACAAGUUCUCCAACGAGAACCCAGAGGUGUACUGGAAGACGGUGUUCGAUGAGAUGGGUGUUGAAUUCAAUGCGGAGCCAUCAUGCAUCUUGAAAGAGAGUGGUGCGUAUCCUGGUGGUGAGUGGUUACCGGACGCUGUGCUGAAUGCCGCUGCGAAUUGCCUGAGUGCUAAACCCGGGAGGAGCUCCGAUGAUGCUGCCAUAGUGUGGAGGGAUGAGGGGAAGGAUUCUGAGCCUCUUAACUUUGUUACUCUUGAGGAAUUGAGGAAGAAAGUUUGCCUAGUGGCGAAUGCGCUUGAUGCCCUGGACCUGCCAAAGGGAUCUGCUAUUGCCAUUGACAUGCCUAUGAAUGUGAAUGCUGUCGUGAUCUACCUUGCGAUUGUGUUAGCAGGCUAUGUGGUUGUGUCAAUUGCAGAUAGUUUUGCUGCGCCUGCAAUAUCAACAAGGUUAAAGAUAUCAGAAGCAAAGGCAAUUUUUACUCAGGAUUACAUCCUUCGUGAUGACAAGGAACUGCCAUUGUACAGUAGAGUUGUGGAGGCUAAGGCCCCUAUGGCAAUUGUGAUCCCUGUCAGGGGAUCUUUGCCAAUAAAUGAACUGCGUGUUGACGACCUAUCCUGGCAAGAUUUCCUUGGAAGGGUUAAUCAUACCAAGGCGGAAAAUUAUAUUGCAGUUGAGCAACCUGCCCACACAUUCAGCAAUAUCUUAUUUUCGUCAGGGACAACAGGGGAACCUAAGGCAAUUCCUUGGACACAUAUAACCCCCCUAAAGGCAGCUGCCGAUGGAUGGUGUCACAUGGAUAUUCGUAAAGGAGAUGUUGUUGCAUGGCCAACGAAUCUUGGUUGGAUGAUGGGUCCCUGGCUUGUUUAUGCCUCUUUACUGAAUGGAGCUUCCAUGGCUCUGUAUAAUGGCUCCCCAAAUAGUUCAGGCUUUGCAAAGUUUGUACAGGAUGCUAAGGUGACAAUGCUUGGAGUGGUACCCAGCAUUGUUCGUACAUGGAAAACAACAGAUUGUACAGCUGGAUUUGAUUGGUCAACCAUUAGAUGCUUUAGCUCAACUGGGGAGGCAUCCAGUGUGGAUGACUAUUUAUGGCUGAUGGGAAGAGCUUGCUAUAAGCCAGUAAUAGAGUACUGUGGAGGUACCGAAAUCGGUGGCGCAUUUGUUACUGGAUCCUUGCUGCAACCUCAAGCGUUGUCUGCAUUCAGUACACCUGCCAUGGGUUGUAACUUGUUCAUUCUUGACAGCAGUGGGAAUCCCUUACCACAAGAUGCCGUGGGUAUUGGUGAACUAGCACUUGAUCCAACUCUAUUUGGAUCAUCAUCAACGCUGCUAAAUGCUGAUCAUUACGACGUUUACUUCAAAGGAAUGGCAGAAAGAAAUGGCAAAGUUCUCCGUAGGCAUGGAGAUGAAUUUGAGUGCACUUCAGAUGGAUAUUAUAGGGCUCAUGGGCGUGCAGAUGACACAAUGAACCUUGGUGGCAUUAAGGUUAGUUCCAUCGAGAUUGAGAGGAUCUGCAACAGAGUAAAUGAUGCCAUCCUUGAAACAGCAGCCAUCGGGGUUCCACCUAUAGGGGGUGGCCCUGAACAAUUAACCAUAGCUGUCGUCUUCGAAGACCACAACUCGCAAGCAGAAGACUUGAACCAGCUGAAAUUAGCAUUCAACUCGGCUCUGAAAAAGCUGAACCCUCUCUUCAAGGUUUCCUCCGUCGUUGUAGUCCCCUCGCUACCUAGAACCGCCUCUAAUAAGGUCAUGAGGAGGGUCCUGCGCAAGGAGUUCACCCAGGCAACACAGGCAAAACAGUCAAAGAUCUAGAUAGUUAGAAAGAUUGUGCUGCAUCUGUACCACAUUACACAAAGUUAUACAGCAAACUGCGCAUAUCAUCGUACAUAGGCCCUUCAAAAUUCAUUUGCUUACCUCAAAAAGGGAAAUGAGCUGUAUUUAUAUUCCGAGAAAAGAAAUGACCUAUGUUUCCUGCCAUGUACAGCAAGGCUUUGUUCACUUUGAUGUGAGAUGACAGAUGAGGUACUAAUAAAACGUGAAUGCUAUCACUUGCCUGUA